AAACUGGUGAAGUAGAAUAAUAAAUAAAAUCACUUUCUUUGUGUGUGUUUGUGUGUCCUCUCCAGACGAUCAUCAUCCUCUCAGGAACUCCACCAACAUGUCCACAAUGAGACAUCUUGUUCUGAGACUUCUCGUCUCACUUCUGUCUCUCCUGUGUCAUGUAAACCUUUCUCUGGAGUAUUCUCUGAAAAACUGUAUCAUAGACUCUCCUGAAGAGGCCUCCUCUGUUCUUGUUCUGGAUUGUGCAAGCCGUAAACUUGUGACCGUCCCUGAUGACAUCCCCAGAAAUGCUGCCUCUGUAAAUCUCGUGUACAAUAAGCUUCAGAAGAUUAACAGAAACGAUUUUGCUCAGAUGUCAAAGCUGAUCAUUUUGGUCCUGGCCUGUAAUAAUAUUACUCAUGUUGAUGACGGAUCUUUCAUUGAUCUUGUAGCGUUGGAAACUCUUUCCAUAAGCAACAACCAACUCACCAGUCUGUCAGGUUAUGUCUUUCAAGGACUGUCCAACCUCACUGCUCUUGACCUCGAUGGCAACCAGAUUGAGUUUAUUCAUAGCUCGGCCUUCUGGUACCUGACCAGGUUACAAACCAUGAGGCUGGACUCCAACAGACUCCAACGAGUCGUGGACAUUCAGCCCAUCCUACAGCUGCCACAAAUACAGAAUCUGAACCUUGGAUCAAACCACUUUUCCUCCUUCCAGACCAAAGACCUGCUGCUGAAUGAGCCUUCAGGCCUCAAGGUGCUGGGUGUCUCAAAUAAUCGUAAGUUGGAAAUGUUCAGCAUCUCAACACCGAUCUUUCCUCUUCUUCACACGAUAGACCUUUCUCAAAGUGGCCAAGACUCUGGUAUGAAAUGGGACAUACCUGACAAGACUUUACUGGGGAACAUAACUCACCUGUAUUUUAGAUUCCCUAAUAUUCUCUUUGGAGACCUCCAGAAGGUCCUGCAGAGCCUUGACUCGCUGGAAUACCUGCAGAUGAAUUACAUGGAUGAGUGGAUAAAGAGAGAUCUGUUGGCUACAGUCUGUAAAAUACCAACACUCAGAGCCUUGAAUUUGUUUUACAACCAUCUCCACAAAUUCCUAAUGGACCUGGCAAACUGCUCUCGGCUCACUGAGCUGGACCUUUCCUGGACUUACAUCAAAGAGUUGCCAAAAGGUUCGAUACGUUUGAUGGAGCAACUCAGGUCCCUGAAGGUGUCGACCAACUACCUUGCCAAGGUACCAGACGACAUUAAGAGCCUCCCCUCCCUGGAGAUCCUGCACAUGGGAAGCAAUGUUAUUUCGGAGCUUGGCUGUGACGAUUUCAUGAACACAACACACCUGGCAGAACUUUACCUGAUUAACAACCACAUCACCAAACUGGACAGGUGUGUCUUUGAGAGUCUCCCUGAUCUAAAGUUGCUCGACCUGAGUUACAACCAGCUGUGGACGUUUGGAGACACCUUCAAAAUGGGCCUGCACAAACUCGAGUUCUUGGACUUGAGCAAAAAUGUUCUCUCCUCCCUUGAGAGGGGAGCUUUUCAGGGUUUAGUGUCCCUGAAAUAUUUGAAUGUGAUGAUGGAUCAAAUUUCAAGGGUGCCACAUAAGACCUUUGACAAACUGGACAACCUGGAAACUCUUAUUGUAUCUAUUCCAUGCGACUAUGAAAAUAGCUUCAGAGGAUUAGAGCGCUUGGAAAAUCUUACAAUGUACCUCAGCAUUACCUAUGGGCUCAAAUGUCCUCUUUCCAGUGACUUUGAAGCCUUCUACCAUUUAAAAUCUGUGAAGGUUUUCACAGUAAUCUGCAGUGGUGAUAACCACAACAUGCCGUUGGAAGUACCGAUGGAAUUCUUCGAGGCCAUGAGACAUCUGGAGUCCUUUACAGCUGUAAAUAUCUAUAAUUCUGCUCCGCAGCCAGACACAUUUCAGUUCAACCACAGGCUCAAGAGUCUGACCUUUGGGAAGACAGAUUUUUCAGAUUUGGACCCUGAACUGUUUGAACAAAUCCCAAACCUGGAGACUCUGGAUCUCUCUGAGAGUAAACUCAAGUCCCUGGAUUUUCUGGCGCAGGCCGACCUGUCAGCUCUCAGAUCUCUGAAACUCAGUGGGAAUGAGAUCAAUGUGAUCAAUGAGACGGUCUUCCAGUUUCUCCCUGUGCUGACGUACCUGGACCUGGACAACAACCCUUUCACCUGCGAAUGCUCCAACGCCGGCUUCAUCCAGUGGGUGAAGAGCAACAACCAGACUCAGGUUGUAAACGCCCAUCAGUACACUUGUGCCUUUCCUGUGGCCAUGAAGGGAAGCAUGUUGCUGGACUUUGACGUCCAGUCCUGUUGGAUGGACACCGGCCUCAUCUUCUUCGUCUCCAGCUCUUCUCUGGUCCUUCUAACUCUCCUCUCAUCCUUCAUCUACCACUUCCUGAGGUGGCAUCUCACCUAUGCCUUCCACCUCUUCCUGGCCUUCCUCUAUGACAGCAGGAACAGGAAGAAGGGAGUUCCUCAUCGCUACGACGCCUUUGUCUCCUACAACGUCCACGACGAGGACUGGGUUUACCGAGAGAUGCUCCCAGUGCUGGAGGGAGAGCAGGGCUGGAGACUCUGUCUGCACCACAGAGACUUCCAACCAGGUAAACCCAUCAUAGAGAACAUCACUGACGCCAUCUAUGGAAGCAGGAAGACCAUCUGUGUGAUCAGCCGCCACUACCUGCAGAGCGAGUGGUGCUCCAGAGAGAUCCAGAUGGCCAGCUUCCGACUGUUUGAUGAGCAGAAGGACGUGUUGAUCCUCCUGUUUCUGGAGGACGUCCCGCCCCAGCAGCUGUCUCCGUACUACCGCAUGAGGAAGCUGGUAAAGAGACGCACCUACCUGAGCUGGCGUCAGGCUGGACAACAUCCCGGAGUCUUCUGGCAGAGCGUCCAAAGAGCUCUGAGGACGGGGGACGCUCUGGACACCGACAUCUGCUGAGAUGAAGAAGGUAGAACCUGGAUCAGACCUGUGGACGGACGUGUCUCUGGAUGUCCCACACAGAGACGUCACCAGGACACGGCCUCUUUCAUUCGAUUUUAUCUUUUAUUUCUCUGUUUAAAAACAUUUUCAACUGUUUUCUAUAAAAGGGGCGAAAUACGUGGAGGUGGAGCUCUGAGAAGAAGUUAAAGUUAAAUAAGUAGAAUUAGUUUAAGCUAAUGCUUCGUGUCUCAUGUUCAAUCUGCUUCAUAAACAUCUGACAAGACAAUAAACUG